AUGACACAAAAGAAUUGCGAGGCAGUAUGUUGUGACAAAGGAAUAUUGAUUGAAGACAAGUGUAGAUGUGAUAUUGGAUCGUUUGGAGAGGACUGUAGUCAAAAUUUGUAAGACAUUUAUAUUGCCCCCUAUUAUACAUUUAUUGGGAUCUAUUGUGUUGCAUUCUUUUUUAUAUUGUUAGUAACUAUUAGAUAAUUUUAAACUUCUUUAAAGACUCAAAGAAUUCCAUCUUAUUAUACGUAAUAUGAUGUAUGAUAUUUUAGUUUUUUUUAAUAUGCCUACGCUUUGAUUGGAUCUCCUUAGAAUUAUAUCUUAGUCUUAACAAUGGUUUUAUCAAUAUGUAAAUUAAUAUGGCUGAUUCUGGAUCCAUUCGAAAUAUAUGUAAUAUAAUUUACUUAUAAAGUUUAUAGAGUGGGAAUACUACAGUGAUUGAGAGACUGUUAGCAGAAGUGGUAUACACUAUACUAUUUUAUAUUUAUGGUUGUUUAUUAAUCGUUUGGUAUACAAUGUACGAUGAGAUUUCAUAUAAUAUUUAUCAAGGAGAGAUAAAAUAGUCAAGGAAAUGGAUUUUUACUUACUAUAAGGAAGCAUUAAAGAUUCGAUUAUUUAUAGUGUUUUUGGUUUAGAUAACGGUAAGUACAUUAAAUGGUAAAUUAAUUAAUAAUUUAAGGUUUACGAAGAGGUGUACGAUAUCCAAUCUUUCUGAUGGUUUGUUACAUAUUUUUGAUGGCAAACUUCUUUUUGUUCAUAAUAGAGUUUAUAAUAUAUGGAUCAUCAUUGUAAACUUGUAUUAGGGAUUAGAUUAAAAUAUGUAGAUCAUAAUAUAGAAUUUAAUAUCAAGGAAUGGAAAAAGCAAUUUAAUUAUAAAUAUAGAAGGAAGAUAGUCUUAGUAAGUCACCAGAGUCUGUUUUAAGAAUGGCAAAAUAUUCUAGAUAGGGAAGUAUUGAAGAACAGAAAAAUGAAAUUUAAGAUGAAGUAAAAUAGAUGGAUGAACCAAAAUUAAAGUUAGGUUAAACAAAAAUAAAGUCUGUAUCAUUUGCACGUACAUUUGUAAAAGGAAUGAGAGGAUCAUCAUUUUUUAGAUAAGAGAGUUUGAAAUAAUUGAAAUCAAAUAAAUCCAAUUAAUAAAAUUAAGAUUUAAAUAGUGAUUAAUCUGCAAAGGACUUAGAUAAUUAGUUUAAAGAGGAACCUACUGAUGAAGAAAUUAAUAGUUGUUGUUUGAAUGAGAAUUAAUNAUUUAUAUUGCCCCCUAUUAUACAUUUAUUGGGAUCUAUUGUGUUGCAUUCUUUUUUAUAUUGUUAGUAACUAUUAGAUAAUUUUAAACUUCUUUAAAGACUCAAAGAAUUCCAUCUUAUUAUACGUAAUAUGAUGUAUGAUAUUUUAGUUUUUUUUAAUAUGCCUACGCUUUGAUUGGAUCUCCUUAGAAUUAUAUCUUAGUCUUAACAAUGGUUUUAUCAAUAUGUAAAUUAAUAUGGCUGAUUCUGGAUCCAUUCGAAAUAUAUGUAAUAUAAUUUACUUAUAAAGUUUAUAGAGUGGGAAUACUACAGUGAUUGAGAGACUGUUAGCAGAAGUGGUAUACACUAUACUAUUUUAUAUUUAUGGUUGUUUAUUAAUCGUUUGGUAUACAAUGUACGAUGAGAUUUCAUAUAAUAUUUAUCAAGGAGAGAUAAAAUAGUCAAGGAAAUGGAUUUUUACUUACUAUAAGGAAGCAUUAAAGAUUCGAUUAUUUAUAGUGUUUUUGGUUUAGAUAACGGUAAGUACAUUAAAUGGUAAAUUAAUUAAUAAUUUAAGGUUUACGAAGAGGUGUACGAUAUCCAAUCUUUCUGAUGGUUUGUUACAUAUUUUUGAUGGCAAACUUCUUUUUGUUCAUAAUAGAGUUUAUAAUAUAUGGAUCAUCAUUGUAAACUUGUAUUAGGGAUUAGAUUAAAAUAUGUAGAUCAUAAUAUAGAAUUUAAUAUCAAGGAAUGGAAAAAGCAAUUUAAUUAUAAAUAUAGAAGGAAGAUAGUCUUAGUAAGUCACCAGAGUCUGUUUUAAGAAUGGCAAAAUAUUCUAGAUAGGGAAGUAUUGAAGAACAGAAAAAUGAAAUUUAAGAUGAAGUAAAAUAGAUGGAUGAACCAAAAUUAAAGUUAGGUUAAACAAAAAUAAAGUCUGUAUCAUUUGCACGUACAUUUGUAAAAGGAAUGAGAGGAUCAUCAUUUUUUAGAUAAGAGAGUUUGAAAUAAUUGAAAUCAAAUAAAUCCAAUUAAUAAAAUUAAGAUUUAAAUAGUGAUUAAUCUGCAAAGGACUUAGAUAAUUAGUUUAAAGAGGAACCUACUGAUGAAGAAAUUAAUAGUUGUUGUUUGAAUGAGAAUUAAUCUAAUUCAAUGAAAUGGGAAAAUGAAGAAGAUAGAUAAGCUUAUCAAGAAACUGUAAAAAUGCAAAUUAAAGCUGUUAAAGAGACAAAAGAUACUGCUGAGAAAAGAAAGGAAUCAAUACAUUAAUAACAAUAAUAAAAAUUUAAAGAGAGAGGGGAAUAGAAAAAAUUAAGUUAUUUAGGAACUAGUUAAUAAGAUUACAAAACAUCAAUUCAUUAGUAAAAUGAUGAAGAUUAAGAGAAGUUUAAUUUGAAAUCAUCUAAUUUAGCAAUAGAUAGAAAAAUCUUAUUUAAGAUUUAAUUAUUAGUUUACUUUGGAAUAAUAUUAGAAAUUCUAUUUGGAGGAUUGAGUAUAGCUGUUUUGGUUACAGACUUAAUUCGUGAUCCUAUUGGAGUGUUGGUGUAUUUAUAUGGGUCAUCAACAUUACAAUUUUUUUCUUUGAUAACAGUGUUAAAAUUAUUUAGAGACAUAAAGAAUUAAGAAAUCAAGAAUUUAAUUUGGAUUUAGAAGGUGGGAAAUCAAAAGAACAAGAUUAAUUAACAAUAUAUGUUUUCAAUUCCUUAGGAUUAAAAGGAGGAUGCAUAGAAACUUAAAUUCUAACAACGAAUUAAUAUGAAUACUUUAUAUUGA